GACUGUUCCCCCUUCACCUCCUCUGGACUUUGGUGAGAGCCUCACAGCAAACUCAAACCAGAGGAGAAUAAACAAGGGCAGAAGAUGAAGCAGCUGCUGGUGUUGGUGUUCUGUCUGGUCCUGCUGACCAUCCACACAGAUGCUAAUCCCGUCAUCAAGGAGAGCUUGGCUAAGCAGCUGCUCCGCAGCAAGAGGCAGAAACCAGGUCAUCCUGAUGAGCCAAUGAGGGAGCACAUGCUCCACAUGCAGGCUCUGGAUCAGAGGGCCCAGGAGACCAACAUGGAGAACUGGAUGAAUCCUCACUGUCCACCUCGCUGCGACAGGAACCAUGGACAUCCUGUUUGAGGACCACGUCUAUGAUAAAAGGACCAGACAACACCGACUACAGACAGAACCAGUGGAAACUCCGUGGACGAAGGGAGAGACGUCGUUUAUCUACCUGCGUCCUCUGUGACGCUGAAUAAAUAAAAAUGUCAUUUAUAUCAUUUACAUCCAAUAGGUGGCAGUAUAACCAGACUAUCACAUUAUUUACCUACGCCUUGUAUUUUCCAUGUGAAGAAUAAAGGAACCAAAAUGAAAAGCA